AAAAGAAAACAACAGUGACGUAUCCGCCAGUUGGCCGGCGCUGCUGUGACAGGAGAGCUCGCGCAGUGUCGUGUGUUGACGUGCCAGCUUUUUAACUCCAAUUUCAUAUCAAACGUGAACUUUCGCUUUCUUUUCUUCACAGAUAGUAUGUUUUUAAGUAGGUUUCAAUCCGGGUCCGGUUAGUUUCUCUGGCUAACUCACUACUUAAGCUGUUGAAGUGUAUUCUGAGCACUAGCUGGAUGGGCUGGUUUAGGCACUGAGUCAAAAUGCUAGUUUUUUGUUUACAAUCCAGUUAGCAAUAAGCGAAGAAGAAGAAGGUGUAGGAUUAGGGAUAGGGGUAGGAUUAGGGUUAAGGUUAGGGUUAGGAUCAGGGAUUUUGGCUGGAUAAUUUGCACUGAUUUGUGUUUGGGCGGUGGCGAGAUUUCAUAAUCCUGUUUCACCACACAGCAGAGCUAGAAUACACUGUCAGGUGUCAACAUGCCUGGUAUGGUUGUGUUUGGUCGGCGAUGGGGCAUUGCAAGUGAUGAUCUUGUACUUCCAGGAGCUUUUGAGUUAUUUAUUAGGCUUCUGUGGUGGAUUGCAACCCUAGCUCUGUACAUCACCCGCAAAGGAAAGUUUGAUUGUCAUGGAGGUGCUGUUCUUUACAGCUACCUUAUUGUUCUCCUCGUCCUGCUUGGAGUCAUCAUCAUAACCUUAUGUGUAGUGGUUUACAUCAGCGCUCAAGGAACCAUAAUGAACCCGGGUCCUCGUCGCUCUAUGCCGGUCCUGGUGUAUGUUCGUGGAAUCCUUUUCCUCCCCGAGUUUGUGUGGGCCUGUCUAGGAGCGCUGUGGGUGACUGAUUACAGUACAGGAUGCGAACCAGCUGAAGUUGGGCUUGUAGUUAGUACAGUGAUUGCUAGCUGGAUCAUCUUUCUCUCCAUGGUGGUGGGCGUGCUGAUUGUGUUUGACCCACUGGGCAGCCUACGGCGUCCUCUUAGAACGUCUGAGCAUUCUGGCCUGAGGAAUCUGGAAAGUAAUGAGUCCUCGCAGCUGUUCUACAGAGCGCGCUCGCUGGCCGUCCGUGUGUGGGAGAGCCGGCUGCGUCUGCUGUGCUGCUGCCUGCCUCAGGACGACAACCACAGAGCGGCCUUCUCCAGCAUCUCCCAGCUCUUCAGCGAUUUCUUCUCGGACACGGACUUGGUGCCCAGUGACAUUGCUGCAGGUCUGGCCCUUCUACAUCAAGAGCAGGAUAAAAUGCAACAGUGCAAAGACCCUGAAGAAGUUAUUUCCCACAGUCCCUCAUCUCCCAUAAGAGAAGAUCUGGAGAGCGAGCUUGAGAAAGCAGCACAUUACAUGCAGUUUGCUGUAGCUGCAUAUGGCUGGCCCAUUUAUGUCUACUUAAAUCCUCUGACAGGGUUCUGCAAGCUGAGUGGCAACUGCUGUCGUAACCAUUAUGCGGCGGAGUACGACCUGGUCGGAGGUGACAACGCCAGCUGCCAUUUCAGCUCCAUCUUACACAUGACAGAACUACAGUAUCGAGACUUCAUUCACGUCAGCUAUCAUAAUCAGAUAUAUGAGAUCCCGUUUUUUGUUGCGCUGGAUCAUAAGAGGGAGGCUGUGCUGGUUACUGUGAGGGGAACACUAUCGCUAAAGGACGUGUUGACAGACCUCUCUGCCGAGUGUGAGAACUUGAAUGUGGAUGGUGUGUCAGGAGCCAGUUAUGCACACAAGGGCAUAUCUCAAGCAGCUGGGUAUAUUUACAAGAAGCUGGUCAAUGAUGGCAUCUUGAGACAGGCUUUCAGCAUUGCACCUGAGUACAAGUUGGUCAUCGCAGGUCACAGUCUCGGCGCAGGUGCUGCGGCAUUGCUGGCAAUUCUCCUCCGCGGUUCUUAUAGCACACUACAGUGCUAUGCUUUCUCACCACCAGGGGGCCUCAUGAGUAAAGCGCUUGCUGAAUACUCCAAGCAGUUUGUGAUCUCUGUGGUUCUGGGAAAGGAUCUGGUUCCCAGACUGAGUAUUCCAAACAUGGAAGAUUUGAAGAGGAGGCUAUUAAAGAUGGUAUCUAAUUGCAAUAAACCAAAAUACAAAAUCCUCUUGCAUGGCUGCUGGUAUGAGGUAUUUGGCGGAACCCCAGAUGACUUUCCCACGGAAAUGGAGAACCGGCGGGAGGAGCAGCUGAGUCAACCUUUGCUUGGCGAGCAGAGUCUGUUGGUGCAUCGUUCCACCUCCUACCAGAGCCUGUCUUCAGACGACUCCCCCACCCACACCACCCACCUGCCGCUCUACCUGCCUGGCCGCAUCCUGUAUAUCACAGAGGAGGGACCCUCGCGCAGGCCGUGCUUCUCUCAGGUGCGCUACCGCGCUGAGUGGGCGAGUGCGACGGCGUUCAACAGUGUGCUGAUCAGCCCACGCAUGCUUGCCGACCACAUGCCAGACGUGGUCCACAAGGCGCUGCUCAGCCUCACGAAGGAGCGACAGUCUUCCCUCUGCCCCUCCUCUGCCAGCAACGCUCACCUGAACGUCAUCUGAGCUCCUACUGCCUCCAGCUCAGAUCGUGAAAUGACUGUGGCAGUGAAUGCACAAGACAGCUGGAGGGAGCUAUGCUGUUUAAGACUCUGCUGCCUCAGCCUCAAACCUCGAGAGCAGUACGGCUCUUCGGAUUUUAUUUAUAUCUUUUCAUUCGCCAUUUCAGUGCUGUAUGAUUGGAAGUAAUACAGUACCAAGUACAUACACUGUCGUAUUGUUCAAAGUGUAGUGUGUAUUUCUCAACAGCAUAAUGUCACGUUUAUGAAAGUCAUUCAUUUUUAUUUAUUUGUGGAAAGCUCAAGAUGGACUAUUAGGACAUGUAAGAGAAAGACAAUUAGGUAACUGUGUAGAAGUGGUGUCCUGUUGUGUGCUUCAUGUUUUUAAAAAUUCAGGUUCAGUGAAGCCUGGUUCAAUAUCAGAGCAACACACUCAUCACACAACUCCACUGCAGAUGCAGAUUAGAUGUACAUUCAGUUUGCAUGAGAACUAUUAAAUGUGGGCUCGUUUACUUCAAUACAAGUUUUGCUCAUAAACUUUCUGGCCAUGACAUUUUUCAUAAUUAAUAAAUGUCAGUGAGAAUCA